GCUAGGAAACCACUACCAGAAAAUAAGGUUGUGUGGCAUCUCGGUCGUACAUAUACACAACGUGAACGAAUGAAAGAGAUGCUAUAUAGAUGUCUGCCGUCAGCAGAACCAUCUUAAUUUCUCGUGCAGUUGUUUCGCCUCGACCGUGUUCUAGUGCAGUGCAAUCGCAGGAUGGACGCCAUUCGCGCUAGAUAAUUUUUAUAUAAAUCAAAAAGAAAAAGCGUCGUCGCACGGGCUAGGAGCUAUGGUGAUAUAGUGCGUAGAGUGCGAUUCCGUGGUGGUGCUUCAAUCCGGCGGCGGCGUGGAGGUCCUCGCGGGGCGCGGAUGGCGAGCGCGGGCUCGCCCGGGGGCACCGCUCGCGCUCCGCCGCCGGCCCGAUGAGAGGGGCACGCUCCAAGCACCUCGACUCGUUUUAUGGGUGUUUGCGUGAGCUGCCGGCGCCGAGAGCGGAAGAUCCCAGAAAAGCGGUCGGUGCCGGGAGUGGUUGGGCCCGCUAAGGGCGCGGCGGCGGAGCUGCUGCCCAGGCCAGUGAAUCGCUUUACAGCCAUGGCAAACUCCAUGUCAAAUAUCAAGAUGACCAACCCGAUAAAGAAUAUGGUCAGCAAGCGCAGGAUACGCUACACCAAGCACGGAUUCAACCUGGACUUAGCCUAUAUCACAGACAGGCUGAUAGCGAUGGGUUUCCCGGCCGAGAAAUUGGAAGGAGUAUACAGGAAUCACAUAGACGAAGUGUAUAGGUUUUUAGAGACAAUGCACAAGGAUCACUACAAGAUAUACAACUUGUGCUCCGAGAGGACAUACGACCCGAGCAAGUUUCAUAAGAGGGUGGAGAGAUAUGCGUUCGAAGACCACACCCCGCCCCACAUGGAGCUGAUACAGCCAUUCUGCGAGAACGUGCACAGUUGGCUCAGUGCGGAUACAAGGAACGUUGCCGUCGUACAUUGUAAAGCGGGGAAAGGUCGGACCGGUACAAUGGUCUGUUGUUAUUUGUUAUACAGCGGGGACCAGCCUAAUGCAGACGAAGCGCUCAAGUUCUACGGCAGGAAGAGAACUCUAGAUGAAAAGGGCGUGACGAUACCGUCGCAGCGGCGCUACGUGGAGUACUACGGGGCGCUGCUGCGGUCGGGCGUGGCGUACCGGGCGGGCGCGGCGCGCGUGCAGGUCCGCGAGCUGCGCAUGUCGCCGCCGCCCGCCGCCCACGUGCCCGCCGCCGCCGCGCCGCCCGACCUCGUGCUGUGCCAGGCCGACCCGCACGCCGACCCGCACAGCGAACACAACGUGCUCGUGCUCAAGACGCCGCCCGGAUGCGUGGAUGUGCAGCGAGACGAGAACAGCAUCCGCAUCUGCCUGACGCAGUGCACGCCGCUGUUCGGCGACAUCAGGGUGGACGUCUACAACAAACCGAAGAUGAAGAUGCGCAAAGAGAAGCUGUUUCAUUUCUGGUUCAACACGUUCUUCGUUACGGCCGAAGUCGGAGCCCAAAGAAUACCGCCAUUACCUGACAGUCCGGACCUGGAGACGUACAAGCUGACCCUGAACAAGUGGCAGCUGGACGACGCCCACAAGGACAAGCAACACAAACAUUACAGCCCCGACUUCAAGGUUGAGCUGAUAGUGGAGAAGGUGCCGGAUUCGUCGACGUACAGACCGGCGUGCGACCGCACCAGGUCACCGACCUCCUCGUCCUCCUCCUCCGGCUCCGUCGGCUCCGACCCCGAGACGGACGGGAACUGGGACUCUGGGACGGUGUGCGAGCGCGUCGGCCAUUACCGGCAGCUGUCCCCCGACCACACGUGAAUCUACGUACUUGUGAGGGCGGCCCGUCGGCUCGGAACCUCCCCGGUCCUCCAAUGUAACGUACGCUCACUCUCUCCCUCGCCGCGGCGGAGGCUUCACGCGCGGUGCAAGACUUCCCCGGAGCCUUUACUGAACUUGUCGAACUAGUGUUUUGUGUGUGUUUCAAUUGUGUAGAGUUUAUUAUAAGCGGGUUGUGCCAUUGCCGCGUGCGGACGGAUAAAGGAAACGGUUCGAUCGUGAACUUGUGAUAAUAAUGUGUGCUGAAAGACUUAUUGAACUAUGCAAUCUUGGUACUAGACGUCGAUGCGUCGAUGUUUUUUUUUUUUUCGUAUUUCGUAAUCUGUUCGUACUUGAAGCCUUCGACGGUUACUGUCACACGCUGGUCACAAGGUAGGUUCUCAUCUAAAUGUUACAACGCAAAUCUUAUGACGGACAUGUAUAGUUGUCGGUUUUUUAACUGUACGAUAUAUACGUCGCGGUGUUGUUUUCAACUUGGUCGCAGAGCCACCCGCUCGCCGCCCUCGGAGUUUGUACGGCAGAUUUUUUUAUACUCUUUUUAGUUCUUUUAAAUAUUAAAAAAAAUAUCGAACGAAAAUUUUUCAAAUUCUUUUUCAAUUGUGUCUUUGAGGUGUAAGUUUUGACGUGUUCCCGUAUUUGACUCGCGCGAGAAUCGACUUUGAAAAAUUUGCGUUCAGACUAAGGUACUUUUUUUACUUUGUUGAAGGAAAUAGCGUAGGUGUUAGUUAGAAUACCGGCCAGUGUUGAGGAAUUUUUUUCUUUUUAAUUCAAAAUGUAUGGGUUUUUAAAAAUAAACAAAAGUGAUGCGGAGACAUAUAUUGUUCGAAGCGAUAAGUGUAUUUGUAUGAAAUGUCGUUUUCACUUUGGUGUAUUAUUCAUUAGAGUUCAUUGUUAGGAUUACAAAAAGUCGACAUUUAUAUUGAUCACUGCUCAUUCGGAAGUGAAUUUCAUUAGUUCGUCAUUAAAUCGUUUACGAGAUGUGCCGUUCAAAACUAAUCGAUUUUAAUCGAUGUUUUAGUGUUGCAACACGAUUUCUUGUCGAUACAAUUUAAUUGUAAAAUUCACAUAAUAUAGAUUUUUUUACGAACGAAGUCAAACCUUGAUCCGCCUAUCCUCAAUGAAUAAUAUAAAUAUGAUAACUAGAAAUAUUAUUAUACAAAACACGUUUCUAUUAUGUGUAAUUGUCUUCUUUUUGUAAUCGAUGAAAUAUUAAUUAAUCAGAAAUACUGGUUAUGACUUUGAAUAAAUAAAAAAACAACUGAAAUAGGGACUUAAUAGGGAACCAAUUUUUUUGGUGGUGCUCUUAAGUUCUCGUAAAAUUUAUAUUUAAAGGGCAACUCUAUUGUCAUCGACCUUGUCUUGUUCGUUUAUCGACAUGAAAAAUUAAUUUAUCGAAACGUUCGCUCUAGUUGAAAAAAAAAAAAAGCGUAUCGAUAAAUGAACGCGAUUAAUUCAAAAUUUGUGACCAACGUUAAAUCUGCCAAAAUAUUAAAUGAAUACAAUUUUCUUCUAUAGACAUACAUGUGCACCAUCCUUUCUGUUAGUUAAUUGCGAUAUUACAAAUAAUAAAUGUAUAUUUACGUUUUUUUUUUUUUAAUUUGUACAAGAAUAACAUUGCCGUGUGCUCGAGGCAGUAAUACCCACCAGCUUAAUUGUAUAAGUAAUGUACGGACAGUUAAUCGUUUUGUAUAUUUAACUGAAGAUCUCACAACUGCCGUCGUUUAAUCGUUUUAAUUUUCGUUUUGUUUUUUUAGGCUUUACGAGAAUAUAUUUGGGGUAAAUUUUUUUUGUGACUAGCAACACGCAUGUUUUUUUUUUUUUUGUUCGAGAAAUACUCUAGAUUUAAACGUCGAUCAAUAGGUUAAACGUGUAACGGUUUUAAAAAAGGGGUUUUAUUAAGUUUAAUAAAUCCCAAAGUAACUGCGGUUAUGUAAUUAUUGAAAAAAGAAAAAAACUUUUCGAAUUGCUGUUUUAAGACAAGGAAUGGAUUUUUUUAGAUUUUAGGUUUUUUUUUUAAAUAAUUGACAGUUCUAGUAAAAUCUCCUCUUUACUACUUAACUAGAGUUGAAAAAAUAGAAUACUUGUACAUAAUAAAUUAACAUUUCUUCAUUAAUAAUGUAGAUUACUGGAAUAAUCUAGGCCAAGGCUGUUCAAACCACUGUUUUAUUUUGGUUUCGCUCGUAUGGACGUAUAAUAAAAAUACACAUGUUCAAAUACAGAUAAAGUUUAAUUUACAGAAUAUAUUUGAUGUAAACUUCUGAUUUUAAUUUAAAUAAAAAAAAAAUAGAAUAAGAAAGUAUCCGUCGACGAUUUUUAUCCUUGAACAUUAAAAAACAAUUCAAUUUUAAACGGUCACUUUGUCGUAUUUUUAUUUUGUCCCGAAAUCAUCCCUAGCCUGGACGGCUGUGGUCUCGACAGAGUAGAAUCGACAGAAUGUUUUCUGAUCGUUUUGUGGAUUCGAACAGACAAAACGUUUGUCUUACUUUUCUAAUCAUCUGACGGUACAAUUGAAGUGAGUUCGUGUGCUCAUUGCAUUACAUUGCGGCGCGGGUGUGGACUACAAAUUGCCCUGCAGAGCAAGGCCCGCAACCCGCAACACUAAUACGGGUUGCAGACCAAGAGUUAAACUAAGUUGGUGCUUACUGGUAGUUGGACCUCUUGUGAGUCCGCGCGGGUAGGUACCACCACCCUGCCUAUUUCUGCCUUGAAGCAGCAAUGCGUUUCGGUUUGAAGGGUGGGGCAACUGUUGUAACUAUACUUGAGACCUCAAAACUUAUAUCUCAAGGUGGUGGCGCGUUUACGUUGUAGAUGUCUAUGGGCUCCAGUAACCAUUUAACACCAGGUGGGCUGUGAGCUCGUCCACCCAUCCAAGCAAUAAUAGUUUAGCUUUGCUCGCACAAAUGACGAUUAAAAAUUUCAAUAAAUUGCUCCUAUUCGCUACAAAACGACGUAUACGACAAAGACUUCGGACAGUACUGGCGAAGGUUGUGCGAAGGGCGUGCGGGGAAGGCCAGAGGGGCUUAGCUUAGCUCGUGUAGCUGCGCAUCAGCCUACACAACUAACUUAGCUUCGCAUAUUUUAGUUAGCUCACGUAGUUUAGUUCGCAUAGUUUGCGGUCUGCACACAAGUAUUUAUUUAUUUGGGAAACAAACAGUACAAUACAAACAUAUAAUAUUAAAAAAAAUAUAGCUAAAACAAUAACCAAAUAUGCUUCCACAAUCAAAAUCACAUAUAAGUAGAAAGUGAACAAGAAGAGAAAUUUAGAAAUUUAAAUUACAAAAAACCAAAAGCAACACAAUACGCACAUAUUAUUUUAUACAUCAACUUACACUAUAAAACUAUAAUACUUAUCGGGCUAAAUCACCUUAUAAAUAUUUUAAAAUAGCUUUUCUAUAUGCUACAAGUGACAAGCAAAAGAUGUCAGCAUUAGAGAACUUAGCAUCAUACAACCUACAAGAUCUACGGACAAAAGAGUUAGAAGCAUAUUUCGUUCGAGCCGUGGACAUGUGGAAGGUCUGUUUAGAACGCGCGGAAAUACGACUACAUUUAAAUGAAAUUUUGGAAAGAAGAUAGCUAGAAUCAAUCUCGUUAUUUAUUAUUUUAUAUAAAAACAUUUGAUCCCUCAGUAGCCUACGAUCGACCAGAGAGACAAAUUCUGUCGGUUCUGGAGAGUUAAAGUGACGACAACGGUAUAAAAGAUGCUUAAAAAACUUUUUUUUUGGGCUCUUUCUAGUCGCUGAAUAUAAAUAUUAUAUUGGGGAUUCCAAGUAUGGAAAACUGCUUCAGCUAUGCGAGCUAAGCUAAACUAACAGCUUUUAGCUCUUGGUCUGCAACCCGUAUAACAAUCGUGGUCCACAGAACUCUGUUUAUGGUGUUAUGCAUUAGAUAUUUAGAUGUUUUGUAUUAUGAGAAACAAAAAUAACCUCAUGUACAGGGUGUAAGGAGAUCGCAAAGCCGAAAGGGCGUGAUAUUGCCCACCACUAAGAUUCUUAUUCAAAGUUUAUACAUGAAUGAUGUUAAGAUGUGUCCGAUAUAUAUGAAGCAGGAGUUAAUACGGAUUCAAUAAAAUACAAAGGUUUGAUGUUAUAGCUUUAACUGUACGGCUUAGUGUUUCGUUAGAUGUUUAGAUUUGUGGGUAGAUUGAAAAAAUCUUUGUACAAGCGUCUUUCUAACUAGAAUCAAAUGUAUACAUAAAAAGUAAUGGGUUACGACCACGAAUAUGUUUCCUUUUCAACGAGUUUUGUAACUACCUUCAACUUUUGGUAUUUGUACAGACACCUAUGCAUUCAAAAUUAAGUUAAAUUCUAUUUAAAUACACAACAUCGAAAGAUUAUGAAUGUUAACUUUGUAAAAGUUUUUUUUUUUUUUUUGUAAUAAAUAUUAUUGUCUUUUUUUUUCUUAAUUAUUCUGAAUACAUUUGUUGAUAGACGUGUUAAUGCUGAUGUAAAUUAGUACGUUUCAGUUACUAAAUAUCUUUUAUCUCGCUCGGCUGCGCAUCGGCUGUGUGAUUCAUUCGUAUAACGCGGUUUUUCAACUUUAGUCUGUAGCGACAUCAGAAUAACAACAAAUAGGGUUUCAUUUUCUACAAGACAAUAUUUUAUAGGGAAACGCAGUCCCGUAUUUUGCAUGUUUAUAGUUCUUAGACCAAUCGAAAGGAAUCCUAUCAUAAAUAUUAAGAGCAUAAAGAUAUUUAAUGCCUCAUCCACUGUCUCUAAUGUCGUUGUGGUGCACGGUUGUCGACGAAAUUGGUGAGCUCAUGUCGAAAUUUUCGUACCGAUCAAUCAACUGAGAGCGCGUAUUACAAUUGGGUUUAUUAAUAUUCCAAAUUAAAUUAAAAUGAAACUACCUUCUUAUUCGGAAUAUAAGUAGAAAGUGAACAAGAAGAGAAAUUUAGAAAUUUAAAUUACAAAAAACCAAAAGCAACACAAUACGCACAUAUUAUUUUAUACAUCAACUUACACUAUAAAACUAUAAUACUUAUCGGGCUAAAUCACCUUAUAAAUAUUUUAAAAUAGCUUUUCUAUAUGCUACAAGUGACAAGCAAAAGAUGUCAGCAUUAGAGAACUUAGCAUCAUACAACCUACAAGAUCUACGGACAAAAGAGUUAGAAGCAUAUUUCGUUCGAGCCGUGGACAUGUGGAAGGUCUGUUUAGAACGCGCGGAAAUACGACUACAUUUAAAUGAAAUUUUGGAAAGAAGAUAGCUAGAAUCAAUCUCGUAUUUUGCAUGUUUAUAGUUCUUAGACCAAUCGAAAGGAAUCCUAUCAUAAAUAUUAAGAGCAUAAAGAUAUUUAAUGCCUCAUCCACUGUCUCUAAUGUCGUUGUGGUGCACGGUUGUCGACGAAAUUGGUGAGCUCAUGUCGAAAUUUUCGUACCGAUCAAUCAACUGAGAGCGCGUAUUACAAUUGGGUUUAUUAAUAUUCCAAAUUAAAUUAAAAUGAAACUACCUUCUUAUUCGGAAUCACGAUUGUGAACUGAUGUAAUUGGGACAAAUUAAUAUUAAAUAUAAUUAAAUUAGAAUGUAAUAGACAUGUUUGUUGUGGUUGGCCACGAGAAAACUAAGCGAUUCGGGAUAUUAAUCAGUGCUCUUGUUAGAAUUUUAGCGUUCGAAUUUUACAACAUACAAUGAUAAAGUAUAGGAGGAAAUAAAAAUGCAUUAAUUUACAUACAUUUAAACCCGAAAAGUGUACAUUCGCGCUUGCAGAGACAAAAUGACGUUGAGACGGCCAUCUUGCUUAACGCUAGAUAACGAUGAAUCUGUGUUCGCGUUUGAAGCAAUAAAACAAUAACUCAAUGACAGUUGUUCUUAAUGCUUUCAAAAUAGAUCGAAUCUAUAUUAAGCAGAGUGAAAACUUUGUCUAAUUUCGGACACAAUUUGCAACACUGAAACUUGGGUGUUUUAUUGAAGAAAUUUUAUGUGUUGUCUUGCCGAUAUUUUCACUUUAAAUAAAUUGAUGAUCGAAUCAAUUCGAAAUCUUUCAUGAAAAUGUUUAAUUUCUAUGACGUUUAAGGGAGGGAAUAAGAGUCCACGAAUAAUGUGAUGUAACGGCCUUCGAUUUGGUUGGCGGUCCAAAUAUGUACAGUGUAAUGUUUGAAUAUUUUUUUCCCCGCCAAUAUUUUCCCGCCACUCGCUUCCAUCACAGAAGAAGAAAUAUAUCGAAAAUCAAAUGACGAACACAUUAUUAUUCUUAGAAGUCUUAUUAUGUCAUACAUUAUAUUACCAAUAAAAAUAGUAAAUGAUGCGGCUAAAAAUGAUUACUUUAUUUAUUUGAUUUUCGUUUAUUUUUGUUACCGGAAAAAACCUCUUACAUCAGUUUCAAAAGAAUUUUGUAUUUUUUUUCUUUUCAAAACCAUGACUAGUGUUGUCAGCAUAAAAAAAAUGCUCUCAAAACAUUACAAAUUCACUGCAAUAGGUGAUCCAUAUUAAAAUUGUAUGGCAAGACUGAAUUUGGACCGUCAACGGGCUGGGUGUGGUUGUAUCAAAAAUGCAAUUAUUGUGAAUACGGAUUAACGGAAUAGAAUCCUGCUCGAUUUUAAGUGUAUUUUUUGUUACAUUUUUAGCAUUUUUGAAACGACCAUAGUGUAAAGAUAGUAAGUAGUAGGGGAUUAAGAAAUGUUUACAGUGAGUUAGGUUAGAUCGUGUGUAGAUAGGGGUAGUUUUCCAAUGACAGCACAAGAGCGCAUUAUGCUCAACGUUGAAUGUUCCAACUACAGCAACGCUUCGCACAAUCGAGCACUCUCAAAAGUACUGCUCUCGCGUGAUACUCGCGAUCGAUACCGACUCAGUGACAGAAAAUUGACAAGUGUUUUUUCUUCAAGUUGGCAUUGAUCGAAAUUUUGUUUAUAUUAUCGUUAAUAAUAUUAUUUAAUGUUGAAAAAAAUUGUAAGGCUUUCGUUUCGUCGUAGUUUCUUAGAAAUAAUCAAUGUUAAUUAAAACUGUGCUAACUUAGCGCACUCUGCUGAUGCAUUUGAAAACUAAUUCACGUUCCAAUUAAGCUUCAGCAUAAUUCGGCAUUGUGCGUUACUGAGUCGCAUUAUGCUCUAUAAUUGGAAAACUACCAGGGUAUUUAACGUCAUAGGAGCGGUCUAAAUGAAAAAAUAAUAUUAAUCAAAAUUUAAUUCGUUUUUUUAGACUUAAUUAAAUACUUUUUGUUUUAAAAAUUUCUUUUAUAAAUAAGGAGAAGUCACACAAAUACUUCAGCUUUUUUUUUUUUUUUCGAAACGUAUUAUAUUAAGUGUCAUGAAUUUGUUUUUCUACUUUUUUUCUUCUUCUCUCCAUUUAAUUUCAAUUUAGUUGUUUUUUUUUUUGUAUUUUUUAAAUCGUAACGUUGUUCGACUCACUUCUCUUAUUUCAGCAAAUUUUAUUCAAGUAGCUUGUCUAUGGUUGGAGUAUGUAAAUACAAUGAAAAAUAUAUUUAAAUAUUACAUGUACUUUUGUUAUAUUACAAGUCGAUUGAUUAAUUGGAUCGCACCAUCAAUUUGGCGUCCUGUUUCAUUAUUAUUUUUUUGAAUACGUGUUUAUUAUAAAAUCAAGUACAAAUUUAGGAUUUGGUUUGUUACGUCGCCGUUUAGACGAUAACGAGCCAAGUCAUUUAUCUAUUUUUUCUUUAAGUAAAACGAUUAAAAGUUAUAGUUAAAAUGUUAUUUAAUAAUAAAACGGCCACCUCUAGUAUUAAAAUAACCCCCAUUCCAAGUAAUUCGAAACUUUUUUUAUAUUUCUUUCACGCGAAUUUUAUUCUUUUUUUUUUCUAUUUUCACUCGAUCCUCGGGUUCCUCGAUGGGGCGAUCGCUGGUUUUUGAAAAUGGAAUUAACUGUAACUCUUACAAGAUAACAUUACUGUCUUUAUAAUAUAAUACAUUAAAUUAAUCUGAAGGUGAAAUAAAGGCAAAUGUUUUUAAGCAAAUAACUCGAACCUCAUCGAAAUAGAUCAAGUACCAGUAGGUACAUGUUUAGUUGCGAAAGUCAAAUAUACAUAGCGGAAGUGUGUUUGAGUGCUCACGGCUGACAGCCGUUAGCUACGCUAUCUUACAUUGAUGGCAUGGGCAAAGGACUUUAAACCGCUUCCUCGUUUGCCAUUUGCUAAUAAAAAAACGAAAGUUGUUUGGUUGCCUAGCAACGGUACUACCAGCGCGCCUCGUCGCGGCUAGUGAUGCGGCACCACUCAUCAAAGUUGUAGCUUUAAAUAUUGUUGUUUGCCUUAUAAAAAAAUGUGAUCUUAUGACGAUUAUACCUAAAGGAUGUCACUGCACGGUUCGGACGCAGAAUUUGUACUAAAUUACGUAUUUGUUUCGCGUUUCGAACGAUUGAUUUACAAAUAGAAAGCGAUAAGAUCGCGUCGAAAUUCACAAAAAGUUCCCCUUGAAGCAAUGAUCGAAUAGCUGAGAUGCCGCGGCGUUUCACUAUCGACCUUAAGGGCCUCAAGAUCCUCAAGUAUUGAAAUGAGAAAUUAAGGCGUGAUUGAGUCCUGUAUUUGUAAAUUAACUUACAUAAUGUACGUUAUUUACAUUCUCCAUUGUCAACUUAGCGCAACUAACUGUCUGUUCACAGCCUCACAUCUUUUGACAAGCUCUGUGUCCCCGGCGAGUAUGAAAAAAAAAAUGCCUUGUAUAAUGAUAGCAAAGUGAAUUAUGUAAUAUAUUAAGGAUUACAUUAUCAAUGUGCGAUGUUAUAAGCUCAGUGAAGAUUUGAAAGAAAAGAAAAAAAACUGCUGUCAAUUGAAUAUCCGAUACGCGAAAGGGCUUUAGUAGUCGAUAGUUCGCUUGAUGUCUUGACGUUGCCACAUCUCUAUUUGUCGAUAUUUUUAAAUAAUUUUUUUGUUGGUGUUGUUUUGAUGAAAUAUGAUGUUGCACGUGCUAGUUAAUGUUGCCAAUAUGAUGCGAUGAACAUUUUUAUCGAUGGUUUUGGUAGCAUUUAAUUUUUAACGAAUUAACGCACGACUUCAGUAAAGCCCUCUCCGCAAUAAUGUUUUUAGAUUGAAUAAUAAGAUUCUGAUGUUCUUAGUUCCGCAAUUAAUAAAAUGUAAAUUUUUCUUAUUAGUAAGUAAAAGAUCUCAUAUGUCUUAUUUUUUGUUUUGUCUUUUUUAUAUUUUGAGGAACUUCGGAAUAGUCGAGUUGAUUUAAAGACAACAAUGUAAAAUAUAUUGAUGUAUAUAA